UCGGUCCCGCUCCUCUCUCUCUUCUCUUUCUCUCUCUAUCUGUCUUUCUGGCCAGCGUCUUCUUUCUCUCUCUCCGGAGGAUUAGGGUUCUUUGGUUCCUUCUGUGAUUUAUCCAAAACUCCAUUUCUGUUUGCUAGAUCAAGAUUCCCCUCGCUAAUGAUUUUUCUCGGGUUUGUAUUAGCUUAGCGUUUGUUGCUCCGUUCCCGUGCAUUUGUUGGAUGCUUCUUGUUGAUGAACAAGAUGGAUUGUUAUGCCUAGAGAAGCUUGAAUACAUAGGUCGGUCGUGAAGACGGGCAUUGUUCUUCGGACUGCUACUUCAAAUGUUGUUGCCUAUCAUCUUCUACAGAAAUUUGUGGUUAAUUUGAGUUCUAUGAAAGUCUUCCAGCCUGGGUUGUUGCCCUGCUUUUGUUUUCAUUAGAAGUGGGAAGAAAGCUGAUAAACAAUUAGUGGUCCUUAGUAUCCAUGCUGGCAGAGAGUAUGCUUGGAAUCUGUGCAUCGAGUAAUGCCCCUGACGAGAUUUGCUGCCGAUGCAUUCGGUGUGGUGACAAUUUGUUUAGUGGCCCUAUUGAUUCUUCUUGGUUUAUUGUGCAUUGUUUACUCGUGCUACUUCCGAUCUCGCAUUCAUAGUGAAGGUUGCAUUCAACUCAGUUACUUCAGUGGUCCUUGGAUAAUUCGAAUUACAUUCAUCUUAUUUGUGAUCUGGUGGGGUGUUGGUGAAAUUAGUCGGUUAAGUUUCUUGCGAGGGGAGGGAGAAUUGUUGCAUGACUUAAAAUGGCAGGAAACGUUAUGCAAAUGUUACAUUGUUUCGAACCUCGGGUUUGCAGAACCUUGCCUAUUUCUCACGCUCUUGUUUUUGCUUCGAGGGCCCCUCCAGAAUAUGGAGUCAGGAAUUCUCAGCAGAAAAUGGAACAGGAAAACAGCAGGGUAUAUUUUUCUCUACUGCUUCCCAGUGUUCGUUCUUCAGAUAGUUGUUAUACUUAUUGGACCCCAGCUAAACAAAGAUAGCAGAUAUGGUCAGAAACUACCAGAAUAUUUUACUAGUGCAGCCACCAUUGUUAAUGCAUCUAGUUCGAAAGGUGCUCGGGACAUUGCGCUCUGUACUUACCCUUUACUGAGUACUAUCCUCCUCGGCUUUUUUGCCACCGUCCUAACCAUCUACUUGUUUUGGCUUGGGAGGCAGAUUUUGAAACUGGUCAUCAAUAAGAACUUGCAGAGGAGAGUGUACACACUGAUAUUCUCAGUUUCAGGAUUCCUCCCAUUAAGGGUUGUAUUACUCGGUUUUUCUGUUUCGCGGAGACCAGAGCAGUUUUUAUUUGAAGCUCUCACUUUCUCAGCUUUUCUUGUACUUUUAUGUUGUGCUGGGCUGUGCAUAUGCAUGCUCGUGUACCUUCCAGUGGCGGAUUCUUUGGCUUUGGGCAAUUUACAGGAUUUGGAGGCGAGGAGAAGGCCGAGCAACGAUCACAAUGACACUCUUUCUCUUAUUGCCAACCAACAACCCCAUCUUGAUGAUGGCCCCUCUCAAAUGAGCUCUCCCAGAAUCUCCGAUGCCUCCUCGACGAAGAGGGGGUCGAUCUCUUUUAGAACAUUUCAAAAGGAUGGAGCUUCUGCUGGAAUGGGGACAGCCACUUUUGUGGAGCUCAGCCUUUUCUCUCCCAGCCGAGAUGCAUCGCCACCGGGGUCUCCUCCGCUGCUUGGUUGGCCCAUGCGCUCUGCUUGAGAAAUCGCCUUUAGGCUGGCUGAGUUUGUUGAAAUGAAAGCUUUGUGAUGAGAAACUGAGAGUAUUUGUCAAUUUUGCAAUGAAGAAAAGAAAGAACUGAUUGUAAAAAGGAAACAAGUAGCUUCUUCAAUAAGGAUUCUUAAUUUUGGGUUUGUGUUUUUUUUUUAUAUAUUAGAUAUGAUAAAAUUCGCUUUGUGGGGA